AUACCUACGAGUUGAAUUUACGUAGAUAGAUACUUACAUCAGAAUAGGUAGGUAUUUUUCUUCAUUCGCAAAAACUUUGUUGAUCCUUCUUACUAUUUAUGUAGUGCGAAAAAUCGUGUAACUGCCGAUAUCACGUCAUGUUAAUUUAUAUUUCUGUUAUUAUUGUCACUAUCUUCGUUUUCAAUAAAGAAAUCGAAGGUACGAUAAAAUAUAAUUACGCGGGAUGUUACGAAACCAACGAUCCAUCAAAAUUAUCCUACCAAUAUGCGAAAAAAGAUGAUAAAAAUAUGACAACAAAAGCAUGCGUGGAUUUAUGCGAAUCGUGGCGAUUUGCAUUCGCCGGAUUACAAAAAGGCGAAUGUCGCUGCGGUCAGUACCAACCACCUGAAAUGAUGAGAAAAAACUACGGCGAUUGUAAUCAUCCCUGCCCAGGGAAUAAAAAUUAUAGAUGUGGGGGUGAUUCGAAAUUCUCAGUUUACGAGACAAGCUUACCCCCAAAUAAUGCAAAUGGUCAAGCUAGCAGUAAUAAUGUUGGCAUCGAUAAUAGGCUUGGAACGCCGACAUCUGCGGGAAAAGAACAGCUCAUUUUCCAGGAUAAUUUUGAUAAAUUAGACAUCACAGUUUGGUCCUAUAAUAUUGGACCAGGUCGUGCUCCGGAUUACGAGUUCGUUACUUGGGAAAGAUGUCUGCACGUUACUUACAUAAGGGAUGGCCGCGUACACCUCAGACCAAAAAUACAACCUCACGAGUACACUGAGAAUUCAAUAACCUUGCAAACCUGUACAGGAAAACCUGUGAAAUGUACGAAAAAGGCAGUCAGUACGUAUACUCCACCUCCUAUUCAAGCUUCUCAAAUAUUUACCAAAAAUACUUUCGCAUUUAAAUACGGACGUAUUGAAGUUCGAGCUAAAUUACCUAUCGGUGAUUGGAUGAUUCCACAAAUUUGGCUCGUGCCUAAAAAUAACACGUGGUAUGGAGAAGGUUACCAAUCGGGUCAAAUUCGAAUCGCCAUGGCUCGAGGCAAUAAACAGUUCGAUUGCUCUAAUAGUCACUACGGUCACAGACGUCUAGAAAUGGGAAUUAUCCUAGGUCCUAAAUCCAACUUGAAGCAAAAAAUGUUUUAUAAAAUGGCUCCCGAAAGCUGGAGCAAUGAUUUUCACACUUAUACGGUUAUUUGGACAGCAGAUAAAAUUAGCUUCUUAGUCGAUAACGAAGAAUUAGGAACGAUACAACCAGGACAAGGGCAAACAAUUCGUCAACUAGUUGGCUUACCAGCAAGUACUGACAAUAUUUAUAAAAAUGCCACCAACAAAAUGGCGCCUUUUGAUAGAGAAUUUUACAUCCUUUUCGGAGUAGGAAUCGGUGGCCUUAGUGAUUUUCCUGAUACUUGUGCUGCAACUCCGAAAAAACCGUGGGCCAACGACUCGCCAUUCUCGAAGGCCAUGUCCGACUUUUGGAAUGACAGAGAUACCUGGUUCAGUACGUGGAAAGGUGAAAAUGCAGCUAUGAAGAUUGAUUAUGCAAAAGUAUGGUCACUUUGAAGAAAAUAUCACAAUUUUUAGUCCAUGUGUAAUCGAUUCGAUUAAUAUCCAUAAUGAUAAUAAUAUGUAAACCGAUUCAAGUGAAAUUUACGCGUAUGUGUGAUAAUUUUUAUAAGUCAUUAAACAAUUUUAUAAAAUAAAUAGAUAUUAUAUAAUA